AGCUUAAGAAAUGUAUAAAAACUCCAGAAAUCCCUUCUAAACAUGUUAGAAACUGGGUCCCAAAAGUCUUGGAACAGCGACGACAAGGUUUGGAAACAUAUUUACAGGCUGGUUAAGCAGCUCAGAGACGGCCGAAGAGAGGAUCGAAGGUGCAGCCCCUGGAUCUGAGGAACGCUCACGCUGCUCCAGCCACAAUCAGAAUACAAAUGAGAGAUCGUGUCACAUACAACCAGGUACCACACCCACCACCCACACAUGAACACCCCUGGAUGGCCCCCAAAUCCGCAGCAGAAAGAACAAAGUCCUUCACGUGACCUGGAAGCCCCACCUAGCUUUUGCAGCUGAGCUUCUCCUGUUCUCUGUCCCAACUUCAUUGUUUUUCUACCUGCAGCCACACUGGCCUACUUUCAGUUUUUCCAGUGCCUUUCUUUUCACCUUCUCCAGGACUUUGAACAUGCUGUGCUUAACAUGUCAUGCUUUGUGUCUGGAAUAUCCCACCCCCUCUACCCUGAUUAGUUCCUUCAGUUUCCAGCUCAGGGGUCACUUCCCCAGGGAUGACUUCCUUCACUGUGCACAUUAAUAAGGGUGUUCUGUUACUGCUAGCCCAAGAAACUAGCUGCUUUCCUUCCAGGUUCUUCUUUCAGUUUAUAAUUUACAUUUUGUUUGUAGUUUACCGUUUGUCAUUUCACAUUCAUUUGUGUGGUUACUUGAACACCAUUCAUCUUCCCCACUAGACUUUAAGCUCCCAGAGGGCAGGAUGGUGCGUGCCCCCAGCACCGCGCUGGUACAUGUUGUUAGCUGCCCUGAAUUGGCCCCAACUCAUGGUGACCCUGUGCACAGUGGAACAAAAGCCAGUCCUGCACCAUCCCCAUGAUCAGUUAUGGAUGGGACAGUGUUCCAUUGUGAUCCAUAAGGUUUUCAUUGGCUGGGUUUUUUUGGAAGUAGAGCACCAAGCCUUUCUUCUUAGUCUGUUGUAGUCUGGAAACUCCACAGAAACCUGUUCAGCAUCAUCACAACACACAAGCCUCCACUGACAGACAGGUGAUGGCUGUGCUUAAGGUACAUUGGCCAGGAGUCAAACCUGGGUCUCCUGCAUGAAAGGCGAGGAUUCUGCCACCGAACCACCAAUGUAUCAUGCUGGCACGUAGUAGAUGCUAAAUAUAUAUAUUUUUUAAUAUGAAUAGAUUUUCCAGAAACACACAGAAAAUAAUUUUUGGUAUUAAAAUAUCUCAAGAGAUUAUUGGUUUUGUAGAGUUUACAUUGUUCCCUGGUUAGUUUGUCCUUUUAGCCAUAUUAUCUGAAAUGAUGCUUCUUUUUUUUUUUUGUAAUUUUCCUUAGGCAAACUAUGUUAUUUCUUUGCGUAGAUACUUUACUGUUUUAAAUAGGCCCUGUUCAGCAUUCAGCUUUUAGUGCAGGUCCCCAGAUUUCUUGCAAGAUAGCUAUAAAGCCCCCUGAAGCCAUAGUAGAUGGUUGUUUGAAUUCCAUGGACGGUGCAGUCUUUACCAAGACAAAGGGUGGGUAUGACUUGGGGACGGUGGCACACAAGAGGAUGCGUGGUGCAGUGGCUUCUUGACAUGCGCAUCUGAUUUUUAUUUUUUAGGUGGUCAUCACGAUCCUUAGAUGUACUUAUUGGCUGGCUUUUUUAAGUGUUCCUUUGCAAACCUUACUAUGGCUCAUUUUGUGAAAUUGUGAGCAAAUGCUAGGAAGUGAAUAAGUAAAAGGCUGAGGACUGCAAAGCCUCUUUGAGCUGGGAGGUGUCAGUCCCAGUGGGCAGUGACACUGGGGCCCACUUACUGCAGUGAGGAGAUAUUGAUUUUUCUCCUCCCGGUUCUCAGCUGCACCUCUGCAGUAGGUAUAGUAUGAAGCAUCUUCCCUGGUGAAGAGAGGAAAAACUGUCAUGAACUUUGUCAUCCCAGCAAUUGGCCAUUUCAAACCAACUCCGUGGAAUGGGAAAAGGGCCUUAAGGACAUUAAGAAACCCCCCGACUUAGUUCAGUACCCUGGCUUUUGUGAUAGAGAGGCCCCCUGCAGUUUAUAACAAACCAUGAUAGACAAUGGGAAGAAACGCGUUUCUUUUUUGACGGGUGGGGGGGAUUGAAAAGAGAAUAAAAGGAUCAAAUCAGUGAAAACGCAGCUCUGUGCAGUGAUCUUCGAAGGUUAGCAGAGUGGUCUUGUCCAAGUUUUCAACAAGAUGUUCUGUUCCUGUUAUAAUUGGCUGCUGGGUAGGUUUGGACCUAACUAGAAUGCCAGCGUUCGAUUUCACCGUGUCCUCGGCGGAGAUGUGUCACCAUUUAUGCUCGCCUUGGUGACAAUUUUCUAAAAUGGAAACUCGUGGGAAAUCAUUACAGUGUUUAUAUGUCUCCCUUGUUGGACAGUGUUAUCCUGUGAUAUUUUACCAGUGUUUUCCACUGCAUGAUGGCAGCUAGCGAAGGUUAAGGCAGAACAAGUCCCUCUGUAAUUUUGUGACUAUAUUUUACUUACUGAAGAAGAAAAGAUAACUGACAAUUAAGUAUUUGGGAUGUCACAGAAAGAACAUGUGCAACUAAUCAAUGGUAUCCUCUGGGAACAUGAUUUUAUAAAGCUGAUAAGGUAGAAAAAUCAGAAUUUUGUGAUUUGUGUUACAUGAUGAUAAUUGCGCCUUUUCAAUAAAGAAGACAUUUCUGCGGGAGUAAACAGUGAGCUUGCAGCAGAUUCUGUUAGCAAUGCUGUUUGUUGUCUUUCUGCCUCAUUCAGGCUACUUUUUAUAAAUGCUUUCCUGCAAUAUAUGAUUUUUCCAUUUAUCUUUUAGCGUGAUAUUUAUGAAGAAAUAUCUGGUCUUUUUUAAGGAAAGUAAUUUAUUCUUUGAGAGUAAUAUUGUGUAAAAAAAAGAAUAAUUUUUUUUUUUUUGCUUCUCACAAGACAAAAUUCAGUUGUCCAAUUUUAAUAUUUAUCAGUUAGAGUAAUAUCAAAGUCUGUCAUGUAGUAUAUCAUACACUUGUUACAGUUCUUUGAUUGAACUGUUUCCUCUGUGCGUCUUAAUCAUAACCUGCUUUGUAGUCUCCAAACUUCCUAAGUAAUAAAUUGGAUAGAAAUUUCUUUAGUGCAUUUUUUCUAUUAAUCCCAUGGUAUUUCCAAUCUGCGUAUUUGUAGAAAAACAUUGAGAGCAAAUGGUAUAUAGAUGCUCUUCCCAUCCGUGUGCCACUUUCGCUAAUUUUAACGCACAAAUUUCAAUUAGAGAUAGACUUCUCCUCUGCUCAUGUUGACAGUACUUUCUUCUCAUUCCUGCAGCUUUGAAAAUGGCAGGUAACCAGCCACCACGCUCCUUAACAAAACAGCUAGCUACUCAAAGAUCAGAUGUCCUGGCCCUCCGUUGCCUGAUUCCCUUGCUUGAGAAUGAUGCGUUGAGUGGAGUGAGAGGAUUGCUCUGCUCAUUUUACACAUUGUGGAGGCAACGCUUCUCGCCAGACUGCCACUUAAGACUGACAGCACUUGUGCAUAGACAUCCAUUCGCCCUCCUGUCUCUGAGUAGCUCUUUCUGCCCGUUUAUACCAUCUCACUCAGCACUUGGACCUGCUGUCAUUUUAGAAAAUGAAGAGCUUCCCAAACUGUUUCUUGAUUUCCUCAACGUGCGACACUUGCCCUCUCUGCCAAAGGCAGAGAGUUGUGGAUCUUUUGAUGAGACAGAAUCUGAGGAGUCAAGCAAACUGUCCCACCAGCCGGUGCUGCUGUUCCUCAGGGAUCCAUACGUCUUGCCUGCAGCCAGCGAUUGUCCAAAUGUGGUUAUUGAAGGAGUUCUCCAUGGGAUAUUUUACCCUCACGUCCAGCCCAGGUAGAAAUCCUACGUGGCUAAAAGAAGCUAAAGCAAGUUGAGAAGUCAUUGUCAAGGAAAUUGAUAUCUACCGAAUUAGCCUAACUCUAUGGCAUAACAUCUCUAGCUAGUGGUAAAAUUCACAGUCCCAGCUUAAUUCAGGGCAGGGAUGUUUCCAUUAAGAAUGGUGCUUUUAAAAAUAGAAACUGAACCAGGAUAGUGGUUAGGUUAAGGCCAAGUGGUAAAGAAGUAGAAUGUAGCUACCAACUUAGAAACCUGUGAAAAAGAAGCCACAGGACAUCGCUGGGAGCACCGAGUAUAACAAAACAGAGCUACCCACUGCUCCAGCAGCACCAUUUGCUAAUUGAAAAUCAUAUCUGGACUCAGACGGAUACAACUUUUUUGUUCAGAUUUUGUGACACACUAAUCUUUUCACCGUGAGAUUUUCUCAGCUAGUGAUGGGUACAUUCUGAAGUGCUGGCUCCAGGCAAGUGUGACAGAAACACAUCGUGCUAAUUGUGAGGAAGGAACUAAACUGGAAAUUAAAUUAUACUGAGGAUAUCAUGGCAUUUUAGGAAUCAUAGCUUUUUACUUACAUCAUAGUGGAGUUGCAUCAUACUAGGGGUUAGUUUCUAGCAUCAGCCCAUGAGAUAAAAUGGAAUCUUAUCAAGAUUAUCUUUGAAAGCCCUUUAGGAAGGCCCCAUAUUAGAAAUCUGUACAUCCACCACAAUGAGCUUUUUCUCCAGUGUUGCAAGAAAUGACUAUUUCUUCAGCUGAAGACCAAAUGAAGUUUUCGGUGUUUGUCAGGGGCCAUUUUGUAUAAGAAACACAGACCUUUAAACACGAGACUCACACUCAGCCUACAGGAAGCCUGUCCUCUGAGAGGCAGAAGUGAACUGACAGAGGGGAUCCCAGAUCGAUAAUACUCACCUUGGUUUACUUGAGGGGAUACACUCAUUGAGUAAGUGGAAUUGCCACAGCAUUAAAUGUUAUUUUCCUUAUCAUUUCCUUUUCACUUACCUCAUAUAUUGAAAUAAUGUAAGUUAAAGUGUUUAUAAUAAGGAAGACUGAAGAAGAAUUGAUGCGUUUGAAUGAUGGUGUUGACGAAGAAUAUUGAAUAUACAGUGAACUGCCAAAAGAGUGAACAAAUCUGUCCUGGAAGAAGUAACAGCAAGAAUGCUCCUUAGAAGCGAGGAUGGCAAGACCCCUUCUCAUGUACUUUGGACAUGUUAUUCAGAGGGACCAGUCCCUGGAGAAGGACAUCAUGCUUGGUAAAAUAGAGGGUCAGUAAAAAAGAGGAAAACCCUCGAGAUGAAUUAAGACAGUGGCUGCGACAGUGGGCUAAAACAUAGCAACGAUUGUGAGGAUGGUGCAGGACCGGGCAGUGUUUCAUUCUUUUGUACAUAGGGUCAAUAUGAGUUGGAACCAGCUCGACAGCACCUAUCAACAACAAUAACAAAGUGUUUAUGAUAUAACUCUACUUCAAACAGUCAUAUUUAUCUUACAUGUUUCUUAUAAAGGGUAAAAGCAUAUAUGUUACCUCUAUGUGUGUGCUAUAUUUGGGCAUUUCAUUGAAAACUAAUGAUUAGCCUAUUUAUGGUUAUUAGUUUUAUUAAGCUUCUAUGUGGAAAAAAAAUUUUUUUUUUUUUAUGUGGGAGACAUAUGUUUAGAAUCAAAACUAACAACUAAAUCAUGCCUUUUGAUUAGGAACUAAAUGUAUAGGUUUAAAGCCGGCGCAAACUCUUAAAGAUACGUUUUAUGAUAGGUUGUUACUACUUCUGGGAAACAAAACUAAUCAAGUGUCAUCAACCAAAAAUAACUGUAUAGUCAAGCAUUGGAAAUAUUUUUUAAGUGUUUUGGUUAUUAACUAUUUUGAGUUAAAUGAAAAAAAAGAAUAAAGCAUAUUUGAAUUAGUCUUCUGUUCCUGGGAUUUUAUUUGAAAUAUGAAUUGUCUCUUUUUAACUGUAGUAAAUAUAUAUGUAACAAAAUGUUUGCUAUCAACAUUCUUCACAUGUGCAAUUUGUAUGUCUCUUUACACACAGAUACACACACACUGGGCACUGGAACAAUGUGUCCAGCUGCCACCACCUAUAUCACAAUCGCCUCUGCACACUCAUGGCCUUGAUUGCCAGCAACCGCAGUCCAAAGCAGCAGGAAGAUGGUCUUCAUCUACUUCCAUCUUCCACAUCUCAUGAAUGUACAUUGAGUUGACAAAACCUUAAUCACAUUGAGAUCUCCCGCUGCAAGGGAGUCUGGGAAGGACUUGACAGCUUUCUGGUCUCUGAAGUUCAGGACUACACAUUGGAAAGAUGAUGGAAAAUAUUUCCAUGGUUGAAAAUUUAAGAAAAACAUCUAAAAGGAUAUAUAAAGAAGAAAAGUCUUCUUACCCAGUAUCUUACAUUCGCAGUUUCCCUUCCACAGACAACUGCUGUACUUAGUUUAUGUGUAUUCUUCCAGAGACAUUUCAUCCACAGGCAAGCAAAUAUUGUACAUUUAGUGUAUAUAUAUUCUGUCUCCCUCUUUUUUACAAAAAUGGUAGCAUACAAUACUCAUUAUUUUCUAUUUUCAUUUCAUUUAUUAUCUUGAUGAUCUGACCAUAUUAGUCCGUAAGUGCUGUCUCAACUUUUUUGCAUGGAGCUGCUAUGACUUAUGUAACUAGUACCCUGGGACCAUAUUAAUAAGCAUUUGUUUCUGUUUUUCUUUUAUAAAAAUGCUAUAGACAAUAGCCUUGUGCAUAUACUGUGUAUUUUAUUCAUUUUUCAUAAAGCAAUUAUAAAGUCAGUAUUAAAAGAGCAAAACAUUCAUUUAAAAAACUCAGCAAGCUGUUAGACAUCUUUAUGCCUGAUUUCAUGAUAUUUUACUGUUGGUUUUUAUUGCACAGAUACCCAAUUUUGCUCUGAAAUUUGUGCACUGCACACAAAUCCAGGCAUGUCAUUUAUGAGGACCAGUGUCAUGCUUGGAGCCCUGCGCUUGGGGAUAUGUCAAAAAACCUAGAUCAUUCAAAGCAUGUAUUCAUUGACAAUUGAAAAAUAAAGGGUAAAGAGAAAAUCACAGAACAAAAAGAAGGAAAAGAAAUCCUAUUACUACUUAAGACAGGAGGUAAGGACAUUCUUUAUUCUCCCCGCCCACUAGUCCUUAGACUGAUGGUUUGCUGGGACUGGCUCAGACCGUCUCCCAGUGCUGGUUCACGGGGAGCCUCCCUCAGCCCUGACCUCCAUGGGCUGGCCACUUUGCAUAAUUACAGCCCUGAUGUCCUUUCUCCCAGCAUUGGCCUGACCGAGGCCUCCAAGGCCUCACGCAUCACAUACUCCCUAUCUAAAACUGUUGGUGAUAUGUACAACCCCAGCAACACCAUGCACAUCACUACCUCGUAAAACCUACAUUCAUAAGCUCACUUUGAAAAAUGUAGAAAUCUCACGAUCACAAUUUAGAGAAAUACCGUGAUCACAGUCUAGGAUAACAAAUGGCUUUCAUUUUACUUUUCAACCUUGAUCAAUUGAUAAUGGCUGCUUGAAGUGCUGUAUUGAGAAGAAUUCUUAGGAAGGAUUGGCUCUGUGGGUAAGGGGGCAGUGAUCAAUUAGUGAAUCAAUUAGUGAUAUUUGUCAUGGGUGCAGGAAGAGCACAUAUUAUUGUUAGCUGCUGUGGGGUGGGCUCUGACUUGUCGUGACCUUGUGUGUAACAGAAAGAAACAGAAAGAAACAUUGCCCAGCUAUGCUCCAUCCUCACAAUCAUUGCUGUUUGAGCCCGUUGUCUCAGCCACUGUCAGUCCAUCUCAUCGAGUGUCUCUUUUCUGCUGACCCUCUACUUUAGCAAUCAUGACACUCUUCUCCAGCGAUUGACCUCUCUUGCUGAUGUGUCCAGAGUAAAUGAAGCACGCUUGCUAGCUUCCAAGGAAUAUUCUGGCUGUACUUCGUCCAGGACAGAUAAAUUUGUUCCUCUAGCAGACCGUGGUAUAUUCAGUAUUCUAAGCUAAUGCCAUAAUUCAAAUGCAUCAAUUCUUCUUCAGCCUUCCUUAUUCGUUGUCCAGCUUUCACAUGCAUAUGAGGCAAUGGAAAAUAUUUGGGUCAGGCACAUUCUUAAUCCUCGAAGUAACAUCUUUUCUUUUUUUUAAAGAGAUCUUUUGUUGCAGAUUUGACCAAUGCAAUAUGUCAUUUGAUUUCUUGACUGCUUCUUCCAUGGGCAUUGUUUGUGGAUCCAAGAAGAAUACAAUCCUUGACAAUUUCAAUUUCUUUGCCAUUUAUCAUGAUGUUGUUUAUUGGUUCAGUUGUAAGGAUUUUUGUUACACAUACCAGAUGUAAGUCUCAUAUCUUUGGCAACCUUCAAGAUUCUACAACAAUACUUCUGAUCUGGGCUAUGCAUCAGAAUCACCUGGGAUUCGUUAAUCAGUAUUUUGGGGCUGCAGUAGUCUUGAGUAGUUAGAAAAAUUGCCCAGCUGAUUGUGAUUCACACCUAUUGCCAUGGAUUAAAUCGUGUCCCCCCAAGAUACGCAUCAACUUGGCUAGGCCAUGAUUCCCAGUAUUGUGUGAUUGUCCACCAUGUUGUCAUCUGAUGUGAUUUUCCUAUGUAUUGUAAAUUCUACCUCUGUGAUAUUAAUGAGGUAGGAUUAGAGGCAGUUAUGUUAAUGAGGAAGGACUCAAUCUACAAGGUUGUGUCUUAAGCCAAUCUCUUUUGAGAUAUAAAAGAGAGAAGCGAGCAGAGAGACAGGGAGACCUCUUACCACCAAGAAAGCAAAGCCAGGCGUAUAGCAUGUCCCUUGGAUUCAAGGUUGCUGUGCUGAGAAGCUCCUAGGCCAGGGGAAUAUUGAUGACAAAGACCUCCCAGAGCCAACAGACAGAGAAAGCCUUCCCCUGGAGCUGGUACCCUGAAUUCAGACGUCUAGCCUCUUGGAGUGUGAGAGAGUAAAUUUCUUUUUGUUGAGGCCAUCCACUUAUGGUAUUUGUUAUAGCAGCACUAAAUAAAUAAGUGAGGAACCACUGUCUAAGGGAGAUGGUUUAUGAACUACCCUUUAGCAUCCCCUUAAUGAUUUCUUUAUUGACUUUUUAUACCCCCUUCAAAAUCCUCUACCAAGAAAACAUCAAUUCAGUGCUUAGGGUAUUGAAUGUGGCCAGAGGAAGGGUCUCUUUGAAGGAGCAGCAAGGAUGUCUGACAAGUUGAGUAGAUGUCUCAAUCAAUACCCUAUAUACAGUGGGAAAGCCAUAUAUUCAUUUAACCAUUCAUUCAAUGAAAUGGCUUUGAGUUCCCCCACUGGAUUAAGGCAUUGUGUUAGGCACCUAAAGAAUAAAAACAUAAUCCUUGCUUUCUGGAGUUUUUAGCCAUUGUAUUGGCUAGAGAGUGUCUUUCCCUUUUAUUGAGUUAGAUAUAAAGUUCAGUGAUUAAGGCUAAUUCUCUAAUUCUUUCUGCUCUCCUUGGGAGCAUUUUCAUUUUCAUUCUUGGCUUUGUUUUGGUUUUCAUCUUUGAUAAUUACAGAUUUUGAAUUCAGCAGCAGGAACCCAGGGACAUAGCAGAUGCUAACUUGCAAUUUCUAUACCACUUAUGUUUUCUGUCUGUGUAGGUACGUAGUGACAGACAAGAUUCUGAUGAUGAUGAUGAAAGAACAUUUAUUUUUGUGUGAGAGGGAAGAAGGUACACUAAAUAUAUCAAGCCAUUAAAAGUGUAAUUUACACACUGAGCUUCUGUUGAGAGUGAUGGAAAAAUUCAGCAAUAGCUCAUGGUGAUGGCUGAAAGAGAUGAGCAUAUUUAAUGUCACUGAACCGUAUCAUGAAAAUGGUUGAAAUGGUGAAUGUUUUGUUACCCUAUUCAAUAUUCAGUGUAUAAUUUUAAAAAGUAUAAUUUGCUAGAGAAAAGUUUUGUAUCCUAAAAGUAUGUUUGGACAUCUGAUCUGUCCAAUGUGAGCCAUUUUCUUUCUUCAUUUCUGUAACAGCAGUCACAGUGACAUCAAUAGUGUCCCCAGCUUUGAUAUUCUAUGCCAUUUAGAUACUCCUGUGGGGUCCCCAUGAGUUGGAAUGAACUUGAAGGCACGUGGUUUGGUCUUUCUCUGGGGUCUUUCAGCUGCUAACCAAAAGGUUGGUGGUUCAAAUCUACCCCGAGGUGCCUCAGAAGAAAGGCCUGGUGCUCUACUUCUGAAAAACCAACCACUAAAAACUGUGUGGAGCUACAGUUCCACUCUGACACAUAUGGGGUCACCAUGAGUCUGAAUCGACUCCAUCGCAACUGUUUUUUUACUGAGUCCGUACUGGGUUCUACAUAUUGAGUUAAGGCUUUGCAUGCUUUAUGCCAUUAAGUUCUCAUAACUUUCUGAAAUAGUUUUUAGUGUCCAGCCUUAGUUUCCUCGGACUGCCAUAACAAAAUACCACAACAUGGGUGGCUUUAAGGAACAGACAUUUAUAUUCUCAGAGUUUUGGAAGCUAAAAGUCCAAAUUAGGGUAUUAGCCAUGUUGAUUUGUUAUGAGGGUCCUGAGAGACAAACUGUUCCCUGCCUCUCUCCUGGUUUUUGGUGGCUGCCAGCUAUCCUUGGUGUUCCUUUAUAGAUGUAUCUUCACGUGUUGCCUUCCCUCUGUAAAUGACUCUAUCUGUUCUCCCCUUUUAUAAGAUACGAUUCAGAGGGAUUAUGACCCACCCCACUUCAGUAUGGCCUGGUUAACUGAGAGCAAUUUCAAAGAAAGACUACUUUGAAACAAAGUCACAUUCACAUGUACAGUUAGAGUUAGAACUUCAGCAUAUCUUUUGGGAGACAAUAUUCAACCUGUAACAUGUCCUUAUUUUGUUGAAUAAGAAAUUGAAGAUGAGAGAGAAUAAUAAGUAGCCAACAUUAUUGAGCAGUACUUUGGGGUCAGGAGGCACUGGGCUAAUUCCUGUUCACACAUUUUUCCACUGCAGUGAUAGGUUUGUGCUGAGCCAUCUCCUACUUCUUGCCUUGUUCACCAGGUUCAGGAACAUGCUCUAUAGCCAGGAACAAAGCAAAGCACAGAGAUCAAACCUGUGACUUUGACCUCAGUAGUGUAUCAUGCUACCCAGCUGAGUUACAGGUGGUGAGUGAGCGGUAUGAUUGGCCACAGCCUUCUCAUGGAACCCCAGGAGGGCCACACGAGUAGUCUAACAAGGGUUCAAAUGUAAAGGUUUCCAAAGUAGAUUCCAUGACUUCCACAAUACCUAAGGCCCUAGAGUGUGGUUCCUCAUCACCUCUGAAGUCAAGUCUAAAAUGCUCAGCUCAGCACCUCCACCACCUACUGGCAAUGUGCCAUAUUCCCAACCAAGGUGUUAACACUUCACACAAGCCAGCUGCCGUCCAUUACAGACACUGCUACUUAAAGGUCACCAUCCCAUGUGUUUCCUCUUACUCUUUGUCACUCACCUCAUUUUUGCUAAUCUGCAUCUAUCAUGCCCUUCAAACCUCAACUCAGAAAAUAAGAGGAAAAAUGUAUUUUCUUUAAAAGCUGUCAGUCUUCGAAUAUAGUAGAAAGAGUUGAAAGAUGAAUGUCAAUGUUUAACAAUGUCAAUGUUUUUUAUAGGGUUGCUGUAAGUUAGAAUUGACGACAAUGAGUUUUUGGUAUAGUCUUAAGAAAAUUUAAGUGCCUCAUAGUGUAAUGUCAUGUUCUUUUUGGUCAUUCAUUCUAAACAUCAGUUAUGUGUGAAACCUUUAGGGUAGAUUAGAAAUAAGAUCCAAUCCUCACCCUGAGAGGAGCUUCCAGUCCAAGAAGGAGAAGGGAGACACACCGAGAAAUAAGGAGUUACAGCCCUGUGUGUGGAAGGUUCCAGUGAAGGCUUCCUGAGGGAGUCCACAGACUACAUCCCGAAGGAUCGCUAAGAGGCUGGAAACAGGGAUAGGAGUUUGUGGAGGUGGGGAGGGGGUGGCGGUGGACGAUGACUUGCAGGCAGGGAGAGCAACUUCUACAAGAUUUGGAGCCAAUUCAAAAGCUCUGAAUUCUUUAAAAGAGAGCUAUGCUUCAAGGCCGACAGGGUUAAAUGAAGCCUCGAAUUUCUCUGGUUGAGGGUGACCAAUUCCCAUUCUUUGCCUCAUGACGUUCUGUCACAGUGUAGCCCUUCGAGUCUAGAAGAAGCACAGGAAGCAGACCAAUCUAUUGCAACUGAGUGGGGAAAAAAGUUUCAAAAUUUUCAAAUUGAGGUAUCUAUCCAAAUGUUGUUGUUGGGUGCCGUUGAGUCAAUUGCAACUCAUGGUGGGUGACCCCAUGUGACAAAGUAGAAUUGUCCCAUAGGAUUUUCUUGGCUGUAAUCUGAAUAGGAAAAUAUUGCCAAGUCUUUCUUCUGCAGAGCCACUGUGUGGAUUCCAACUGUCAACCUUUCAGUUAGCAGCAGAGCACUUAACCAAUUGUACCAGUAGAGCUCCUUUCUAUCCAAUUAAUAGGGCAUAAUAUUUACCAUCUAGGACAGAUGGUGACUAUAUGCUGAGCAAAUAAUCCAAGAAACUGGACUAUAUGAAGAAGAACACAGCAUCAGGAUUGGAGGAAGACUCGUUAACAACCUGUGAUAUGCAGAUGACACAACCUUGCUUGCUGAAAGUGAAGAGGACUUGAAGCACUUACUGAUGAAGAUCAAGGACCACAGCCUUCAGCAUGGAUUACACUCAACAUAAAACAAUCCUCACAAGUGGACAAAUAAGUGGCAUUAUGAUAAACAGAGAAAAUAUUGAAGUUGUCAAAAAUUUCAUUUUACUUGGAUCCACAAUCAAUGCCCAUGGAAGCAGCAGUCAAGAAAUUAAACAAUGUAUUCCAUUGGGCAAAUAUGCUGCAAAAGACCUCUUUAAAGUAUUAAAAAGCAACGAUGUCUCUUUGAGGACUAAAUUGCCCCUGACCCAAGCCACAGUAUUUUCAGUCACCUCAGAGGCAUGAGAAAACUGGACAAUGAAUAAGGAAGACCAAAGAAGAACUGAUAUAUUUGAAUUGUGGUGUUGGCAAAGAAUAUUGAAUAUACCAUACCAUGAACUGCCAGAAGAACAAACAAAUCUGUCCUGGAAGAAGUACAGCCAGAAUGCUCCUUAGAAGUGAGGGUGGUGAGACUUUGUCUCAUGCACUUUGGACAUGUUAUCAGGAGGGACUAGUCCCUGGAGAAGGACAUCAUGCUUGGUAAAAUAGAGGGUCAUGGAAAAAGAGGAAGACCCUCAUCAAGGUGGAUUGACACGGUGGCUGCAACAAUGGACUCAAACAUAGCAACAACUGUGAGGAUGAUGCAGGACCAGGUGGUGUCUCGUUCCGUUGAGCAUAGGGUGGCUGUGCGUCGUAACAGACUCAACGGCACCUAAUAACAAUGUGACAGCAGGGCAGAAGGUGGCUAUAGUUUUAAUAGCACUUUAAAGGCCAGUGUGCUUCAGGAAGAGAGUCCUUCACACCCUCUGAAACAUCUAUUAAUAGACAUGGAAACUUAUCUCUCAAUAAAACUUACAGUGUAGGUAGUAGAAGGAAUAUUGACAUAUUGAGUCCUCUCUAAAUUUAUGCUCCCCAGGCAUUCUGAUCUAACUAGGGAUGGAAUUAAAUUCCAUUUGUGGACUUUAUAAUACGUUUUGUUUUACUUCUUACUAUUUGUUCUGUGGACCUUUUUUUUUUUUUUCUUUUUCUCUGACAUCACUCCUGUAGCUAGUCACCCUAAUUCUACAUUAAUGCCAGUUGUUUUUCUACCACUCAAGAGUAUCAUAACACCAGCAAAUCUCAAGUAAUAUCACACCUAAAACUUACUCUUAGCCAAAAUCUUAAAUCCACAAGAUGAAUUAGACUUAGGUAAAAGCUGUUAUGUACUUAACGGCACCAAAAUUUUCCAUUACAAACACUGUUUUUGUUCUUCCUUAUUAAAAAAAAAAAAAACUAAAAACAAAAACAGUGCCUUGAGGGGGCUUUGAAUUCCCAAGCCUUCUAGAUCAAAGAUUUUUUCAGCUGUCUGAAUUAUAACAAUGUUGGAAAAUGAAAACAAAUCCUUUUCCUGCUAUAAAAGCCUUGCCAUGUUUUUGUCUCUGUGUAACUCAAAACAACUGAACUGGGAAAUGAGGUUGAUGAGUUAUGCUCAAAAUCCAAAAAUGCAUCUGAAGUGAAGUAUGUAGUUGAUAAUUCCAAAAGUGUCAUUGUAAUUAAUCUGACCCAAGGAUAAAUUUUACUGAGUUCUUAUUUGAUGAUCUAGAAAAUCGCUAAAUAACUUUUAUAAGAAAAUAAAAAUGAUGAUGGCUGAGGAUAUCAAAAUGUUUUAAAUUGUUUAUUAAAGUGAUUCAAAACUAAAUUGUAUUAACUUGGGUUUGGUAGUGGUGUCCAACGUAAGUUUUCCUCUGAUUCCAUGCACACACAUUGCUACAUAUGUGUCCAUUUAGCAUCACGAUUGCCAAAAUAGUGAACUAUUUCUCUCAAAACGUUUUGCAGAAAGCAUAGGCCAUAAAAGGCAACAGUGCUACUUUCAUUUUCAUCAGUUUGCAGAUGUUUUCUGUGUGAAGGCUGGCCCUCUGUGUAUCAGAAGUAAACUGCUCUUAGCAGGGUAUCAUUAGCUUGUUGGUCAUCAGGGUGUACAGGUAGUAGAUAAUUUACUAUAUGGAGCUAGUGGUAUCAGAAUUUCAGCACUUCCAAAAUGAACUUUUUUUUUUUUGCUUUGUCACUAGAGAGAUGUCAUUUAUGCUUACACUAAGGAAAAAACUGGAUGGCAAAUACAGUGUGAAGUACAUGUCUUUAUGCUGGGAUAUUGUUGUUGUUAGUUGCCCUCAAGUUGAUUCCGACUGAUGGCAACCUCAUGUGUGGCACAGGACUUUCAAGGCUGUGACCUUUCAGAAGCAAAUUGCAAGGCAUGUCUUCUGAGGCACCUGUGGGUGGAUUUGAUUCAGCUAGUAGUCUAGUGCUUAGCCAUUCAUGCCACCCAGGGACUUCUGCAUGGGGAAUAACAAUGGCUUAUGUGUUCUCAGAAACCCUGGUGGCAUAGUGGUUAAGUGCUACGGCUGCUAACCAAGGGGUUGGCAGUUUGAGUCCGUCAGGCGCUCCUUGGAAACUCUACGGGGCAGUUCUACUCUGUCCUAUGGGGUCACUAUGAGUUGAAUCGACUCGAUGGCACUGGGUUUGGUUUUUUGGUUUUAUGUGCUCUCUGAUAUUUGAGACUUAAAACAGUUUUAUAUGGUAAGAGAUAACUUGUUUUCAAUUUCCUGUUAACUUUAAGUUUUUUUUUUUCUUUUUUAAUGUGCUUUAAGUGAAAGUUUACAAACCAAGUCAGUGUCUCAUACAAAAAUUCAUAUACACCUUGCUGUAUUUUUUUUAUAUACUCCUGGGAAACCCUGAUGGCUUAGUGCUUAAGUGCUACGGCUGCUAACCAAAAGAUCAGUAGUUCGAAUCCACCAGGCGCUCCUUCGAAACUCUAUGGGGCAGUUCUACUCUGUCCUCUAGGGUCACUAUGAGUCAGAAUCGACUCGACAGCAGUAGUUUUUUAGUGAGACAGCACACUCCUUCCCUCCACUGUCUAUUUUCAUGUCCUUUCCACCGGCUUCUGCCCCCCUCUCCCCUCUCAUCUCUUCUCCAGACAGGUGAUGCCUGCAUAGUCUCAUGUGUCUACUUGAUCCAAGGAGCUCACUCUGCCAGUAUCAUUUUCUAACCCAUAGUCCAGUCCAAUCCCUAUCUGAAGAGUUGGCUUUGGGAAUGAUUCCUGUCUUUGGCUAACAGAAGGUCUGGGGACCAUGACCUCUGGGGUCCUUCUAGUCUCAGUUGGACCAUUAAGCCUGCUCUAUUUACAAGAAUCUGGGGUAUGCAUCCCACUGCUCUCCUGCUCCCUCAGGGGUUCUCUGUUCUGUUGCCAGUCAGGGCAGUCAUCGGUUGUAGCCAGGCACCAUCUAGUUCUUCUGGUCUCAGGCUGAUGUAGCCUCUGGUUUAUGUGCCCCUUUCUGUCUUUUGGGCUCAUAAUUACCUUGUGUCUUUGGUGUUCUUCAUUCUCCUUUGCUCCAGGUGGGUUGAGACCAAUUGAUGUAUCUUAGAUGGCCGCUUCCUAGCAUUUAAGACCCCAGAUGUCACUCUCCAAAGUGGGAUGCAGAAUAUUUUCUUAAUAGAUUUUAUUAUGGCAAUUGACUUAGAUGUCCCCUGAAACCAUGGUCCCCAAACCCCCACCCCUGCUGUGCUGCCCUUCGAAGCAUUCAAUUUACUCAGGAAACUUCUUUGCUUUUGGUUUAGUCCAGUUGUGCUGACCUCUCCUGUAUUGUGUGUUGUCUUUCCCUUCACCUAAAAUAGUUCUUAUCUACUAAUUAGUGAAAACCCCUCUCCCUCCUUCCCUCCCUCCCUGCUUGCAUAACCAUCAAAGAAUAUUUUCUUCUCUGUUUAAACUAUUUCUGGAGUUCUUAUAAUAGUGGUCUCGUACAAUAUUUGUCCUUUUGCAACUGACUAAUUUCACUCAGCAUAAUGCCUUCCAGAAUCCUUCAUGUUAUGAAAUGUUUCACGAAUUCAUCAUUGUUCUUUAUUGAUGUGUAGUAUUCUAUUGUGUGAAUAUACCAUAAUUUAUUUAUCCAUUCAUCUGUUGAUGGGCAUCUUGGUUGCUUCCAUCUUUUUGCUAUUGUAAACAGUGCUGCAGUGAACAUGGGUGUGCAUAUAUCUAUCUGUUCCUGUAAAGGCUGUUAUUUCUCUAGGAUAUAUUCCAAGGAGUGGGAUUGCUGGAUCAUAUGGUAGUUCUAUUUCUAGUCUUUUAAGGAAGUGCCAAAUCGAUUUCCAAAGUGGUUCUACCGUUUUACAUUCUCACCAGCGGUGUAUAAGUGUUCUAAUCUCUCCAACAUUUAUUAUUUUGUGUUUUUUGGAUUAAUGCCAGCUUGUUGGCAUGAGAUGGAAACUAAUUGUAGUUUUGGUUUGCAUUUCUCUCUGGCUAAUAAUUGUGAGCAUUUCCUCAUGUAUCUGUUAGCUACCUGAAUGUCUUCUUUAGUGAAGUGCCUGUUCAUAUCCUUUGCCCAUUUUUUAAUUGGGUUAUUUGUCUUUUUGUAGCUGAGUUUUUGCAGCAUCAUGUAGAUUUUAGAGAUCAGGCGCUGAUCAGAAAUGUCACAGCUAAAAACUUUUUCUGGGUCUGUAGGUAAUCUUUUUACUAUUUUGGUGAAGUCUUUGGAUGAGCAUAGGUGUUUGAUUUUUAGGAGCUCCCAGUUAUGUGGUUUCUCUUCUGCAUUGUUAGUAAUAUUUUGUAUACUGUUUAUGCCAUGUAUUAGGGCUCCUGGCGUUGUCCCUAUUUUUUCUUCCAUGAUCUUUAUCGUUUUAGAUUUUAUAUUUAGGUCUUUGUUCCAUCUUCAGUUGAUUUUUGUGCAUGGUGUGAGGUAUGGGUCUUGUUUCAUUUUUUGCAGAUGGAUAUCCAGUUAUGCCAGCAGCAUUUGUUAAAGAGACUGUCUUCUCCCCAUUUAACUGACUUUGGGCCUUUGUCAAAUAUCAACUGCUCAUAUGUGGAUGGAUUUAUGUCUGGAUUCUCAAUUCUGUUCCAUUGGUCUAUGUAUCUGUUGUUGUACCAGUACCAGGAUGUUUUGACUACUGUGGUGGUAUAAUAGGUUCUAAAAUCAGGUAGAGCGAGGCCUCCCAGUUUGUUCUUUUUCAGUAAUGCUUUACUUAUCCGGGGCCUCUUUCCCUUCCAUAUGAAAUUGGUGAUUUGUUCCUCCAUCUCAUUAAAAAACAUCGUUGCAACGUGCAUCGGAAUUGCAUUAGAUCUAUAGAUCACUUUUGGUAGAACAGACAUUUUUACAAUGUUCAGUCUUCCGAUCCAUGAGCAAGGUAUGUUUUUCCACUUAUGUAGGUCUCUUUUGGUUUCUUGCUGAACUGUUUUGUAGUUUUCUUUGUAUAAAUCUUUUACGUCCCUGGUAAGAUUUAUUCCUAAGUACUUUAUCUUCUUGGGGGCUACUUUAAAUGGUAUUAUUUGGUGAUUUCCUCUUCAAUGUUCUUUUUGUUAGUGUAGAGGAAUCCAACUGAUUUUUGUAUGUUUAUCUUGUAUCCCGAUACUCUGCUGAACUUUUCUAUUAGUUUCAGUAGUUUUCUUGAAGAUUCUUUAGGGUAUUCUGUGUAUAAGAUCAUGUCAUCUGCAAAUAGAGAUACUUUUACUUCUUCCUUACCAAUCUGGAUGCCCUUUAUUUCUUUAUCUAGCCUAAUUGCUCUGGCCAGGACUUCCAGCACAAUGUUGAAUAAGAGUGGUGAUAAAGGGCAUCCUUGUCUGGUUGCUGUUCUCAAGUGAAAUGGUUUCAGAAUCUCUCCAUUUAGGAUUAUGUUGGCUGUUGGCUUUGUAUAAAUGCUCUCUGUUAUGCUGAGGAAUUUUUCUUCUGUUUCUAUUUUGCUGAGAGUUUUUAUCAUGAAUAGGUGUCAAAUGCCUUUUCUGCAUCAAUUGAUAAGAUUAUGUGGUUCUUGUUUUUUUUAUAUGGUGGAUUACAUUAAAUGUUUUUCUAAUGUUGAACCAUCCCUGUGUACCUGGUAUGAAUCCCACUUGAUCAUGGUGAAUGAUUUUUUUGAUAUGUUGUUGAAUUCUAUUGGCUAGAAUUUUGUUGAGGAUUUUUGCAUCUAAGUUCAUAAGGGAUAUAGGUCUGUAAUUUUCUCUUUAUUUUGUCGUCUCUUUACCUGGUUUUGGUAUCAGGGAUAUGGUGGCUUCAUAGAAUGAGUUUGGGGGUAUUCUGUCUUUUUCUAUGCUCUGAAAUACCUUUAGUAGUAGUGGUGUUAACUCUUCUCUGAAAGUUUGGUAGAACUUUGCAGUGAAGCCGUCCGGGCCAGGGCUUUUUUUUUGGUUGGGAGUUUUUCUGAUUACCUUUUCAAUCCCUUCUUUUGUUAUGGGUCUAUUUAGUUGUUCUACCUCUAUUUGUGUUGGUUUAGGUAGGUAGUGUUUUUCUAGGAAUUCAUCCAUUUCUUCUAGGUUUUCAAAUUUGAGUAUAGUUUUUCAUAGUAAUCUGAUUUGAUUCUUUUAAUUUCAGUUGAGUCUGUUGUAAUAUCACCCGUCUCAUUUCGUAUUCGGGUUAUUUGCUUCCUCUCCUGUUUUUCUUUUGUCAGUUUGACCAGUUGGCUUAUCAAAUCUGUUAAUUUUUUCAAAGAACCAGUUUUUGGCUUUGUUAACUCUUUCAAUUGUUUUUCUGUUUUCUAUUUCAUUUAAUUCUGCUCUAAUUUUUGUUAUUUGCUUUCUUCUGGUGACUGAGAGUUUCUUUUGUUGCUCUCUUUCUAUUUGUUCAAGUUGUAGGGAUAAUUCUUUGAUUUUGGCCCUUUCUUCUUUUUGUGUGUGUGCAUUUACCGAUAUCAGUUGGCCUCUGAGCACCGCUUUUGCUGUGUCCCAAAGGUUCUCAUAGGAAGUGUUUUCGUUCUCAUUGGAUUCUAUGAAUUUCUUUAUUCCAUCCUUAGUGUCUUCUAUAACCCAGUCGUUUUUGAUCAUGGUAUUGUUCAGUUUCCAAGUAUUUGAUUUCUUUUCCCUGCUUUUUCUGUUGUUGAUUUCUACUUUUAUGGCCUUAUGGUCAGAGAAGAUGCUUUGUAAUAUUUCGAUGUUUUGGAUUCUGCUAAGGUUUGCUUUAUGACCUAAUAUGUAGUCUAUUUCCAUGUGCACUAGAAAAGAAAGUCUACUUCGUUGCUGUUGGGUGGAGUGUUCUGUAUGUGUCUGUGAGAUCAAGUUGGUUGAUUGUGGCAUUUAGAUCUUCUGUGUCUUUAUUGACCUUCUUUCUGGAUGUCCUGUCCUUCACUGAAAGUGGUGUGUUGAAGCUUCCCACUAUUAUUGUAGAGUUGUCUAUCUCACUUUUCAGUGCUGUUAGGGUUUGUUUUAUGUAUCUUGCAGCCCUGUGAUUGGGUGUAUAAAUAUUUGAUAUGGUUAUAUCCUCCUGAUAUAUCGUCCCUUUAAUCAUUAUAUAGUGUCCCUCCUUGUCCUUUAUGAUGGAUUUAACUUUAAAGUCUGUUUUGUCAGAAGUUAAUACUGCCAUUCCUGCUCUUUUUUGGUUGUUGUUUACUUGAUAUAUUUUUUUCCAUCCUUUGAGUUUUAGUUUGUUUGCAUCUCUAAGUCUAAGGUGUGUCUCUUGUAGGCAGCAUAUAGACGGAUCGUGUUUUUUUUAUCCCUGCUGCCACUCUCUGUCUCUUUAUUGCUGCAUUUAGUCCGUUUACAUUCAGUGUAAUUAUGGAUAGGUAUGUUUUUUUUAUGAGUUUGGUGCUGUCAUUUUGAUGUCUUUUUUUGUGUGUGGUUGACGGUUUCUUUUUCCCACUUAAUUUUUUGUGCUGAGUAGCUUAUCUUUAUAUAUUGUCUUUUCCUCUUAUUCAUUGCAUUUGGUUUUGUUUCUGCUGAGUCUCUAUUUUUUUUCCUGUAUUUUAUUUUGAUGAGUAGGAUUGUUAGUCUCCUUUGUGGUUACCUUGAUAUUUACCCAUAGUUUUCUAAGUUUAAACCUAAAUUUUAUUUCUUUACAUUGCCUUGUCUUCCUCUCCAUAUGAAAGAUCAUGACUACAUUUCUUAGUCCCUAUUUAUUGUUUUGAUGUUGUCUUCUUUUACAUAAUGACAUUGCUGUUUCCCUGUUUUGAGCUUUUUUUUUUCCUAAAUCUUGAUUAACUUUUGUGAUUUCCCUAUCUGGGUUGACAUCUGAUUGCUCUGUCCACUGUUCUAGUCUUGGGUUGAUAGCUGAUAUUAUUGAUUUUCUAACCAGAGAACUCCCUUUAGUAUUUUUUAUAGUUUUGAUUUUUUACGAAUUCUCUAAACUUCUGUUUAUCUGGAAACGUCCUAAUUUUGCCUUCAUAUUUGAGAGACAGUUUUGCUGGAUAUAUGAUUCUUGGCUGGCAUUUGCUUUUCCUUCAAUGCUUUAUAUAAGUCAUCCCAUUGUCUUCUUGCCUGCAUGGUUUCUGCUGAGUAGUCCAAGCUUAUUCUUAUUGACUCUCCUUUGUAGGUGACUUUUCGUUUAUCCCUACUGCUCUUAAAAUUCUCUUUAUCUUUGGUUUUGGCAGGUUUGAUUAUAAUAUGUCUUGAUGACUUUCUUUUAAGAUCUACUUCAUGCUGAGUUCAAGGAGCAUCUUGGAUACAUUUCUUCUCAUCUUUCACGAAUCAGGGAAGUUUUCUGCCAGCAAAUCUUCAACAAUUCUAUCUGUAUUUUCUGUUAUCCCUCCCUGUUCUGGUACUCCAAUCACUUGUAGGUUAUUUGUCUUGAUAGAGUCCCACAUGAUUCUUAAGGUUUCUUCAUUUUUAUACAUUCUUUUAUCUGAUUUUUUUUCAAGUAUAUUGGUGGCAAGUGCUUUAUCUUCAGUCUCACAAAUUCUGCCUUCCACUUCCUCAAUUCUGCUCCUCUGACUUUCUAUUGAGUUGUCUAAUUCUGUAAUUUUAUUGUUAAUCUUCGGAAUUUUUGAUUGCUGUCUCUCCAUGGAUUCUUGCAGCUUAUUAAAUUUUUCAUUAUGUUCCUGAAUAACCUUUUUAAUUUCUUCAACUGCUUUAUCUGUGUGUUCCUUGGCUUGUUCUGCAUAUUGCCUGCUGUCAUUCCUGAUGUCUUGAAGGGUUCUGUGUAUUAAUAUUUUGUAUUCUGCAUCAGGUAAUUCCUUUAUCCAGAAGAUCCCUUGAUUCUUUGUUCUGAGAGCUGGUUGAAGUGAUCAUGGUCUACUUCUCUAUGUAAUUUCAUAUUGACUGUUGUCUCCGAGCCAUCUACAAGUUAUUGUAUUAGUUUAUGUUAUGUUUGCUUACUGUGUCCUAACUUCUUGCUUUGUUUUGUUUUGAUAUGCCUAAAUAGGUUGCUUGAGUGAGCUACCUUGAUUAUUUUCACCUUUGAAGCUCUAACGUUCUGUCAGCAGAUGGCUAGAGCUGUUACCAGGUAUAUGAGCCUAGGAGUCCAUUCACGUUUCUUGUAUGGAUUCAGCUCAGGUGUCCAGGUAGUUGGUCAUCAAGUGUGUGGCACAGGUACUGUCCUACAGUCUUAGGGGGGCAGGGGGCGCUGGUGUAGGUACUGGUAUGUGGUUGCAGCAGGGGAUCAUGCUCUGAACAAGGCAAGGGGCUGACAACCAUCUCCUGAGUGUCUGUGAGGAAAGCGCAUCCCUGUUCCCUAGAGCGCACAGGUGGGUGGGUUCUGCAUGCAGACCUUGGGCACCCAAUGCUUUUGGUUUUAAGGACUGGAAGGUACCAGUUAUCCUCGGACCCCAGUCACAGGUGGCUGGGUGACCUGAGUGGAGCCAUUAGUCCUUAGGGCCCUGAUGUGGAUAGGUGAGGACCCUGUUUAAUAGGCAAAGUGGUGUCAAACAUCAAAUACGCACCUUUCCACCGCACAGCUGUAACAGUUGCAGUCUGUCAACAAGGGUCUGUUCUCCUGAAAUGGACCCACACAGGUCUAUGCAGGGAGGAAAUGUAUUCAAAGUCCAUGGACCAUUUAUGCCUGACAGGAGCAACUUCUGUCCUGAGUUCCCCAGGUUAGUGGAGCUUGCAGAUUAUCUUUUCCCUAAUUGUGAGUUUAUUCCUCCUCCAAGGCCGGUAGAAUGGCUCAGAGCGCGCAACAGGACCUAUCUCAGGCCCAGGGACAUCAAAAGCCAUUGAAGUUGGCUUCAGGGUGGGGGGCGCAGUAAAAUAUACACAAGUACUUAGCUUUUGCCUAGAGCGCCAUUCUUCUCUGGUUCUGGAGGUGUGAGUAGGCUGUGCAGCUGGAUGUUUCUCCCUGAGGAAACUGUGGCCAAAUGCUACCACCAGCCCUCUGCAGCUGCUCCUGGGAAUGGUGCCUGAGGCUUUCUAGCGAUUCAGGUCUGGCAACUCCUCUCCGCUUCUGAACCGUCUCUCCCUCCGCCUACCACUCAGUCCGUUUUCUAACUUUGCCUUUGAUGGUCAGGGCUUCUAGCUUGCCAUAAAUGUAAUCUUUUCACUUCUUUUUUCAGGUCUUUGUUGUAAGAGGGUUCACCAGAAGUGUCUGUCUACUCCACCAUCUGGGCCCCACCCCUCUUUUUCUAAUUAUUAAAAAGAAAUGCACCCUAGAGAAAACUUAGAUAACUAAAAAAAAGUGAAACAUAUUUUUUUAAAACACCAUUUGCAUUUGCUUUAUAUGAAUUUGCAUUUACUUUAUGAAAAUUUAUUUACAUAAUUGAUAUCAUGCUGCAUUCACAAUUUCUAUUUUAUAAUUUAAAACAAUCAUUUUUACAUGUUACGCUUAAGUUUUGUAGCAUUAGUCUUAAUGAAUGCACAUUAUUCUAUUACAGGAUGUAUGCUUUACAGUCAUUUUGGGGCAUUCGAGUUGCUUCCUGGGUUUUGCUAUUAU